UUUAGGCGGCGGGGCGGCCGGGCCGGGCCGUGCUGGGAUGCCGUCGGGGGCCGCGCUGCUGGCGCUGGCCGCGUUGCUUUGCGCCGUCCCGCCGCCCGGUCCCCGCGGGGCGGCAGCGGCAGCGGCGUGGACCGCCUGGCUGAACGUGUCGUGGGAGAACGGCGUGGACCGCAACCGGAGCGGCUGGGAGGCGGGCGAAAGCGGCCUGUACGGGCUGGACUCGCCGCUGCAGUCGGCCGAGGGGCUGCUGGUGCUGCCCGACAGACCCGACGCCUUCAAUGCCUGCAGCGCGCUCACCAACUUCAGCGGCGCCCCCCCGGCCGGCCGCUCCCCGGGCUGGCUCGCCCUCAUCCAGCGCGGCGGCGGCUGCUCCUUCGCAGACAAGAUCCGCCGGGCCGCCGAGCGCGGCGCCGCCGCCGCCGUCAUCUACAACUCCCACGGCACCGGCAACGAGGUGCUGCCCAUGUCCCACCACGGUGCAGAAAAGAUUGUUGCAAUUAUGAUUGGCAACCUGAAGGGCAUGGAGAUCCUGCACCGGAUCCAGAGCGGCCUGAAAGUCACCAUGGUCAUCGAAGUGGGCAGAAAGCGCAGUCUCUCCAUGAAUAUCUUCACCAUCCUCUUCAUCUCCGUGUCCUUUUUUGUUGUGGCAGCAGCAACUGUGGGCUGCUAUGUCUCUUACUCUGCUCGGAGACUCAUUAUGGCAAGGGCCCAGUCCAGGGAGCAGAGGCGGCUGAGGGCCAGGGCCAAGAAGGCCAUUGAGCAGAUGCAGCUGCGCACCCUGAAGGAAGGGGACAAGGAAACUGGUCCAGAUGGAGAUUCCUGUGUUGUGUGCUUUGAGCAGUACAAGCCCAAUGAUGUCAUGCGUGUUCUGACUUGCAACCAUGUCUUCCACAAGACCUGUAUUGACCCCUGGCUUCUGGAACACGGGACGUGUCCUCUGUGCAAAUGUGACAUCCUCAAAGUGUUGGGUGUUGAGAUGGAUGUAGAACCACGUUCUGAGCCUGUGCAAGCCCCAGGAUCCAGUGGCCAAAGACCUCUAUCCACUGUCACUAUAGUUAAUGAAGAGGACAAUCUUAGUGAAACAGCAUCAUCUGGAUAUGAUUCUGUACAGGGACCAGAUGAAUCUGCUCAGGAGGCACAGGCACCAUCAGAAAGUGAGAACACACAUCCUGUGAGUGAAGAAUCCCAGCCCUCCACUGUGACUGUCCUUUCACAUGGUGAUAACCCAGGUUUUGAGGGAGAUGAAACACAAGUGUGUGAAAGCAAAAUUGUUUGUGAAGUCACAUCCUAAGAACAUGCCCAGCCACGUGGUGCAAACCUUCUGCAAGGAGCUGCCUACUGCCAUUCCAUAUGAACCAAAAGUUGCAAGACUGUUGCAGAAAAUACUGCAUUAGCAAUGUUUAGAUAAAGAGACUUGUCCAAAUCAUAAUUGUAUGGUUUGCCUUUCUUAAAACUGUAUUUCCUACAGGAGUCUUUAACACUCUCCAGAUAAAGCUGUCUUAAAUAUAAAGAAAACCAGCAGAUUUUAACUAAAACAAAAAUUCCAUCAGCAAAGCUUCUCUACCAUGUUUGAGUUAAGUGAGAAGAUUUUUUACGUUUCAUAGUUGUCUCCACUGUCUCAAUUGUUUUGAAUUGGGGUUUUUGUUUUUUAUUUUCAUUCAAGUGGAUUUUCAUUGUCAACAAAUUUAUUUUGAUCUGUUCUGAUACUUAUUUAUGAGACAGUUUUGUUUAAAGCAACAUGGUAUUUAAUACUUCAGUGCACUAUUUUGAUAGGAGAAAGUGCAAACCAGUGCUUGUCAAACUGGAUUUUGUCCACAGUGUCUUUGGUUCUCUAGUAACCGACUGAUUCUCUACCUCUCAACUCCAGCCUGCCAACCACACAUUCCUAAAGGGGAAGAAAAGAGAGCUGCAAGCUGACAGGCCAAAUCUCACUUACUGUAAAGGGAACAACUGCAGGAACUUUUCAAACCUCGUGUUAACGUUAGUUUGUUAGUCUGAAAGAUCCUCAAGUGGUUUGAGGAGCUGUGACCAUCUCUAGCACCAGCAAUGUGCCAGAGUCCUGGCUUUGUGAGAGUCUGGGAUGACUUCAGGAAAGAGUCAGCUGAAGAUGAAAAGAUAGGUUCUUAUGAAAGGAUCUGCUGUGUUUUGCUCAGAAAUGAUCCAGUCUCUGAAAAAUGCUGACUGUUGCUGUACAUUGUCUUGCUCAAGUGCAUAAGCUGCAGGGAGAGCUGAUGUCCUGUGAGUGUAACAGAGGGUUGGAGAAGCUGUCUGUCCUCUGUGUGGAGUUGAGAUGGGGUCAAGUAGGAACACUGGGUGCCUCAAUAGUAAGUGACUUGGCCUUGUCCAGGAAAGGUAACUAAGGACAUCUUCUAAAUGCACUUUAUUUUUUUACCUCUGCCUCUUUGACUAGUUUCUAUUGUUUAGUAGGAUUUUGUCUUAGAGCCUCCAAUAAAUAACUUAAGAAUCUGGGGGGGGGAAAGCAAUGAAUUUUCUUAGCUAUAGUACAAGUGAAAUGGUUGUAAAUAUUUCGUAAUUUGUAUUGAAUUUGGAUAUGAAAAUGUAAAUGUAAAUAAAACACUAUUUUUGAUGAUC